AUGAAGAUCUCUAUUUUGGUGUAUCUGGUGGGGCUGUGCGUGGCUCAUUCCCUGAACCAGAACAAGGCAUACACCACAGCCAAUGAUUACUUGGAUAUUCAGGCAGUAAUGAGUGACCCAGAGGAAGUUAAAUGGUACAUGGAUUGCUUCGUGGGACGCAGAGAAUGUGAACCGUUCAGCGCGUCGUACCAAGCAAACAUGCCGGAAGCAAUCCCAACUUUAUGCAAGAAAUGCAACGAGCCACAAAAGCGCAUGUGGAAAAUAUUCAUAACCCGACUGUAUAACGAGUAUCCGGGUGAAUAUUUGGCCUUUCAACAGAAGUACGACCCGAAAAACCAGUACAUGGAUGGUUUUAUAAAAGCAGUUUCAGACGUCGAUUAA